ACUCCUUUUCCCAUUCCAUAUUUGCAACAAUAAUAAGAGUUUCUUACAACAACAGCAAUGGCCAGACUCUCAACUACGGUUGCUCUCUUGGUAGUUGCACUGCUGAUUGUUGAUGCCUACGCCUACCGAACCACUGUCACAACCGUGGAGCUGGACGAAGACAAUSAAGGGCGACAGGAGAGGUGCCAGCAUAUCAGGCCUCGGGAGCAGCUCCACAGCUGCGAGAACUUCCUGAGGCAGAGUGGAGGAUAUUUGCAGAUGAAGGGAGUGGAAGAGAACCAGUGGGAGAGACAGCAAGGCUUGGAAGAGUGCUGCCGACAACUGAGGAACGUGGAGGAACAUUGCAGGUGCGAUGCAUUGGAGGUGGUUGCUCGUGAGGCACAGAGGCAGGCACAUGGCCAAGAAGGAACUCAGAUGCUGCACAAGGCCAGAAUUUUGCCAUCCAUGUGCCAACUCCGCCCGCAGCGAUGCGACUUCUAAGUGUGCUCUGCUUUUCAUAGCCUACGCAAUACAAGGGAAAACAAAUGGCAAAUCCUUGUGUGCUUUGUUUUCUAUCUUGAGUUUUGAUAAAUAAAAGCUUUAUAUUAUGCAAUUUGGCAUUGCUA